CUGACAUGGAGGAGGGGAAGGUGUUGGAACAUGACAAAUGCUUUAUAAAAUUAUAGUGUUCAUCGACUACAUGGUUUUUCUUGGACCAGUAUUGCUUAACAAAAACAGCAUAUCUGAAUUGUUAUAGAGGACUUGCACUGUGCAAGCUAGCAGAAGAGCGGAAGUUAUCUUCAAGGAGACAAAAGUGAUUUAACCCGAUUUGACUUCAAGUCACAAUUGACACUGAUCGAAGCCUCAACUAUGACGAUUCACUCUGUAUUCGUAGUAAAUCGUGCCGGUGGUCUGAUCUACCAGUAUGACCACAAUAUGCCUAAGAUAGAAGUAGAGAAAACAUUCAGCUAUCCCUUAGAGCUGGUGCUAAAACUGUUAGAUGAGAAAGUCGUGGUGGCCUUCGGUCAAAGAGAUGGAGUGAAAGUGGGCCACACUGUGUUAGGAAUUAAUGGUUUGAGUGCAUCAGGUCGUCAGUUAGAAGAUGGAAGAGAUAUCCUGGAAACAAUUGCAGAUGAGGACAAUUAUCCCAUUGCUAUAAAGUUUGGCCGACCAAAGUUAACAGUGAAUGAAAAGAUAAUGCUGGCCAGCAUGUUUCACUCGUUGUUUGCCAUCGGAUCCCAGCUGUCACCCGAACCCCACUCUUCAGGAAUAGAAGUCUUAGAAACUGAUGUCUUUAAAUUACACUGCUUUCAGACUAUGACAGGCAUAAAAUUUAUAGUUCUGACAGAUUUACGACAAGGGGCAGUGGAUGGUCUGUUGAAGAAACUAUAUGAAGUCUACUCUGAUUUUGCUCUGAAAAAUCCUUUUUAUUCCAUAGAUAUGCCAAUAAGGUGUGAACUCUUUGAGCAAAAUUUACAAUCCGCUAUUGAGCAAGCAGAAAGGACUGGAAUAAGCAAUAUUUGAGAUGCAGACAUAUUUGACCCUGAGUUAAGCAUAUUUCUAUAUUACUUUAUCACUACAUGCUGGAAUAAUGAUAAAAGGCGUAUCCUGUAUGGAACAGAAACACCAUCAAUAUUCUGAAACUCUGGGUGCAAUAAACUGUGAUUAGAUAAAUAGAUUGGAUGACAAUUUAGUUAAGAAUUUUGAGAGCUUGGCUGAAGAAAUAGAGAUUUGAAAUGCUCCAUCCUAGCCAGGGUGCAAUGCUUGAAGUGGUAAUGGAAUAACUUGGUGAUUUCACUUGAUAACAGUGACAUUUACAUUUAUAUUAUGUUCAUAUCAUUCUGUUCAUGUGUAAUUAUUAAAUCAUUACAUGUAAUUCACAAA